UGUGCAAUCGGGUGUGUCCAAUCGGGUCUGUGUCCAAUCGGGUCUGUGUCCAAUCGGAAAAUACUACUGUGUCCAAUCGCUUAUGUGCGCAAUCGGGACAGUCCUGUCAUAUACACUACUACUACUACAACUAUUAGUAAUUCUCUCUUUUCCUGCUGUUAUAAUUAUAAAAUAUGGACAUCGUUAUCGAUAUACAAGGCUUCAAGGAUACUGAAGAAUCUUUUUUUCCAAAAGAAGUUGCUGUUGUCUCUGUAAACACCGCCCAUUGCGCUCAUUGGAUCAUUGCACAGCCGUAUACUUUUACUGAACUGUCUGCCCGUUCAAAAUCUCAAAACAAUUGGCUCAGUAAAAAUUUCCAUGGUAUUGAGUGGUUUGAAGGAGACACACCGUAUAAAAACUUAUGUCGACAUUUGAGAGCUGUUACACAACUUACCAACCGAAUAUUCACUAGAGGCGCUGAUAAAUCAGCAUUUAUCCAACGUAUUACUAGCAGAAACAUUAUAAAUUUAGAAGAAGAGCAAGAAUGUCCAUCAUUUCAUCGUUUACCACAGUUAGAACAAACUUGUCUUAUUCAUAACAUAAAAAGUAAAACAAAUAAUAGGGAAUAUACAUGUGCUUUAAAUAAUGCGUUACGUAUCAGAAAAUGGCUUAAAAAUUAUGGUCUUUUGGAUUCUACAUCAUCGUCACCAUUAUCGCUACCAGCCCCAUCAUCUUGUAUGACAUGGUAUAAGCAUCAUGGUGAUAAGCAUCAAAAUACUAAAGAAGAAGAAGAAGCAGUAGAAGAAGAAGAAAAUAAUUCUCCACAUAACUCUUGGCGGUUAUGAAUAGUUUGCAACUGCGAGCAGCUUUACAAAAUAUUCCUUGUGACACCGCCGGUGUUUACGCGGCGGAUGAAAUACCAUCUGUUUAGAGUAAACCUGCAGGAAUUAUUGCUAAUACCGAUGAUCACACAAAACCCGGAACACACUGGGUCGCUAUGUACGUCGGCAGAGACGGCGUCGGCCACUAUUUCGACAGCUACGGAUUACCACCCAUCAUCCCUCAGCAUCUCAAACGGCUUAGAAGAAACUGCAAAAUCUUAUUCUACAACCCUCAACAAUUUCAAAGUAAUACCUCUGACGUGUUUGGACAAUUUUGUGUUAUGUUUGUGCAUCUUAUGUGUAGUGGUUUUGGUAUUCAUCGAUUUCGUGAUAUCUUUUCGAACAAUUUAUCACGAAAUGAUAAAAUAGUUCGCAAUUAUUAUAACACGUAUAUGACACACCAACAACCUUAUAUUUCAAAUAAAAAUCAAUUUAUAGGUCGUGGUAUGUCUCAUUCAGGUUGUGCGUCACAAACACAAAGUUGUUAUUCGCGGAAAUAAUAUAUCUUAUAUUAACCACAACUACCCAGCGAGAAAUAGUACAUCGAAUCGACAUCGAUUCGACAUCGAAAUCAUCAUUUUGAUGUCCAUUCGACGUCGAAUUGAUGUCGAAUUCAUUAUCGUUUCUCGCUGGGUAUGUAACCAAUAAAUAUUUAAGAUAGUAUUUUGUAUUACUACUGCAACAGAGAAAAAUGUAUGUCGUAAAAUGUAACAUGUAAUCAAUAAAUAAAUAUAUUAUUUGAUUAUUUAAAAAAAAAAACAAAAAUGUUUUAUUUCUUAAAAACCUCUCUUUAAGCUUUAUGUUAAGGAUGUGCUUUUUGUUAUUAGAAUAAAUAAAUAAAUAAGUAUUUAUCAAAAAUUUGUACCAAUAAAGUAUUUAAAAAGGGAAAGAGAGAGAGAGAGAGAGAGAGAAAGAGAGAGAGAGAGAGAGAGAGAUUUCAUAAAUGUAGCAUUUGUACCACUAUGGAGCAAGAGAGAGAGAGAUUCCAUAAAUGUAGCAGAUUUCAUAAAUGUAGCAUUUGUACCACUAUGGGUAGCCGCUUGUGACACUGGAGCCAUCGUAGAAAGGUGGGGGACGACGCCAGUAACGUCACAGGCGUCUCCCCAUAGUGGUACAUACCUACUUAGCAGCAAACGAUAAAGUGAAGCAAGUCACACAGCACGAUCUUGACAACCAACAACCAAUCAGCCUCGCGGAAAAGCGGUGAGAAAAUAAAUAAUACCCCUUUUUUAAAAGUAGAUACAACAGUUUUAAAAUAAAUAUAUUUAAAAAAUGUUUAAUACAUUGAUUAUGUUAAUAAAAGUUUACUUUAAUAAAGGUUUAUAGAUUUGCAUUAUUAUGGAAAUUUGUAACAGAACACUUCCAUUUUGUCAUAAUUUUUAAAACUUUAUUUUGUUUUAGUAACAUUAAAAAAAAGAUAUUCAUUUUAUAACAUUACAAAAAAGUAAUAUAUCGUAAAAAGAAACUUGUUACAUGAGAAAA